CAGCUCCAGCAUGUGAAGAGCCACCUGCCAUUGAUUUUGGGGAGAUUGUUAGUGAUGACAAGUUGGAGUACAGAGAAGGUGACAAGGUGCAGUACAAGUGCAAUCCUGGAUACAGCCUGAUGAGAACUGAAUGGAUCAUAUGCAAUGGGAAAACCUGGACACCUGCACCACAGUGUUUGGCACCAUGUAGCCUCACAAAACAGCAGCUGGAGACCAGAAAUCUGCUUCUGUCCAAUGGCCGAAGACAUGCACAGCUGACUCAGAGUGACCACACACUGGAAUUUAUGUGCAGUGAAGGAUAUACCCUCACAACCCCUUCAGUCAGGAAGUGUGUUAAUGGGUACAUGGACUUGCCUUCAUGUAUCUCUGAAAUAGGAAAAAACUGUAGCCGUCCACCUACUAUUGAGAAUGGAGACAUAACUACUUUCUUGGAAAAAGGAUACACAUCUGGCUCCUUUGUAGAAUUCAAAUGCCAAAAAUUUUAUGCAAUGGAAGGACAGAACAGAUCUUUUUGUGACAAUGGGAAUUGGACAAAAGCACCAUUUUGUUUAGAGCCUUGUGCUAUCUCAGUGGAAGAAAUGGAAAACCAGAUGGUAGAGUUGAAUGGGAGAGCAAAUGAGACCAUAUUGCAAUGGGUGUACCUAAAACGUGGUGAUUUUCUUGAGCUUCGCUGCAAACCAGGAUAUGCACUUGCAACUAAUUUAUCUCAAUCUACUUUUAUGGUGCAGUGCCAUGGAAAUCCAAUUGUCUAUCCGGAAUGCAAAGAAAUUGUAUGUGAUCCUCCAGGAGUGGUUAAUGGUAGAUUCAGACCUCAAAGGAAUGUGUAUAGGGAUGGUGAUGUCCUCAUAAUUACGUGUGAUCAUGGAUUUCACAUUAAUAAUGACCAAGAUACAGCUGAAUGCACAAAGAAUGGCUGGUUGCCUCCUCCAGGGUGUAGCAUGAGACCCUGUGACUACCCACGUAUAGAAAAUGGAGCAUUAACAGACUAUUAUGAACAUUACAAAGAACGAGCCUUUCCAGCGCAGUUAGGCGUCUCAAUUUACUACAGAUGUCUUGAUGGUUACGUAUCUGAAAGAGAGGAGAGGUGGCCUCUGAUCAGAUGUACUAAAGUGGGCUGGUCUCCUGUGCCAAAAUGCCUUAGAAAGUGUUCUCCUGGUCAUUUGGAAAAUGGUAGAUUUAGAUUUAACUAUUGGACCACCUACAAAGAAGGUGAUGAAAUUUCAUAUGUGUGUUUUCCUGAAAAUCUGCAAGCCAAAGUUACAUGCACAAAGAAUGGCUGGUCACCUACUCCAAGAUGUACCUCUAACAAAAUAUGUGGAAGGACAGAGGUACCUCAUGGAUAUUUCUAUGAAACAAAGAACAGGUUUGAUUUAAAUGAAAAAGCAACAUAUAGGUGUCAGAUUGGUUACAUGACUCCAGAAGGAAAUGAGACAGGGGAGAUACAAUGUCUUGAAGAAGGAUGGAGUCCUUUUCCAGAAUGCAUCAGGACAUGUAGAAUGCCUGCUUUUGAGUAUAUUCAUUUCUACUCCAGCAAAAUGGUGUUUUUGCCUGAAGACAUACUGGAAUAUGAAUGUGCAGAUGGAUACCAAACAUUAAAUAAAAUCUCAAGGGGUCACACAGUAUGUAGCAUAAAUGGAUGGACUCCAGAGCCCCAAUGUUUUGCAAUAGAAUGCGAGAUGGUGAUGCUGGCCCAUGGAGAGGCUUUUCCCAAGAAGGACAAAUAUCUUAAUGGAGACGUAGUGACAUUUUCCUGUGCAAAACGUUACACCAGAGUAGGACCAGACUCUGCUCAGUGUUAUUAUUUUGGAUGGUCCCCAGCACCUCCAAUAUGUCAAGUGGAAAUCAAAGAUUGUGGGCCACCACCCAGCAUUACCAAUGGGAAUAUUAUCAGUGAACUUCACGAGAAAUAUCCGCAUGGUGACUCGGUGGAUUAUGACUGCAACCUCAGAUUUAAAAUGAUCGGAUCAAAGAAUAUAGAAUGUGUUGAUGGAGAAUGGUCAUCUUCACCCUUUUGCAUUGAAGAGGAAAAAACAUGUGUACCACCCCCCAGUAUUGUCAGAGGGAGUGCUAUCAGUGUAAACCAGAACCAAUAUUUUCAUGGUGAUUCAGUGGAGUAUGGCUGUGAAGGAAACCUGGAAAUUGUUGGGACAAAUAUCAUAAAAUGUCUUAGUGGAGAAUGGACAUCUUUACCUUCAUGUGCUGAUCCAUCUGUCAAAUGUGCACUUCCAAGGAAUCUUGAGAAUAUCAGAUUUUUAUCGGUUUACAAUUUUCAAAAGAGUUUCUAUCACAAAAAUGUUGUAAAAUACAGAUGUAGUUCAGAUGUCAAGAAACUUAAACAAACAGUCUGUGAAUAUGGGAAAUGGUCACCCAAGCCAGAAUGCAUUGAGAAUAAAAGAAAAUGCCCACCUCCCCCUCAGCUACCAGGAGCCUCCAAGAUAACAGAGAAAAGAAGCUACGAGACUGGUGAAAAAAUAGCUUUUAUGUGUCUGGAAAAUUUCAAGCUUCAUGGAAUGAAAGAAAUAAUGUGUGAAGAUGGAAAGUGGCAGUCACCACCACACUGUAUUGAAAAAAAAUCAUGUUUGCAACCAUAUCCCGUAGAAAAUGGUGAGAUUUUAAGUCUAGAAAAUCAAAGCUUAAGAAUGGAGAAACCGGAACCAAUGACUUAUCCGAAUGGUUCAACAUUAAAGUACAGCUGUAAUGCGGGAUUCAUGUUAAGAGGCCCAUCAGAGAUAACUUGUAAUAUGGAAAAAUGGACCUUGCCUCCUGCUUGUAUUGAAAUGCCAUGCAGAGAUGCACCUGAUGUCCCCCAUGCUCAGGCUGAAGGUAGCGUAAAGACUAAUUAUGAACCUGGUGAAACAGUGCGCUAUCAGUGCCACCCAGGUUUUAUUGCUGUUGGAUCACAGGAGGUAACAUGUAAAAGAGGGCAGUGGACCCAGCUACCUGAAUGCCAAGAUGCAACAUGUGGAGAUCCACCUGUAGUUGCCAAUGCUGAGAUCAUAGACCAUAGACACAGAAGAUAUUGGCCUGCUGAAAGAGUUCAGUAUCAGUGUCAUAAAGGUUUUGAAAGUCAUGGACCAAAUGAUGUCACCUGUAUUAAUAGGGAAUGGUCACAACCUCCAACUUGUGAAGAUAUGAUGUGUGGACCUCCACCUGUAGUUACUAAUAGUCAGAUUCUAGAGUAUGGAAACCAAAGAUAUUUGCCUGGUGAGAGAGUACGCUAUCGAUGUCAACAAGGGCUGAGCCUCAUUGGGUCACAGACAGUGACAUGUCAGAAGAAAAAAUGGUCAGAACCACCAGAAUGCAGAGAGGCUGGUGGAAAGUGUGGGCCUCCACCAAGAAUUGAUAAUGGAGACAUUGUUUCGUUCCCAUUAAAACAAUAUGUACUAAAUUCAACAGUGGAAUAUAAAUGCAAAAGUUUGCAUAUAUUGAAGGGACCUCAAAGUGUUAGAUGUGACUCUGGACAAUGGACAGACCCACCGGUUUGCUUAGAGCCUUGUACUGUAACCCCAGAGGAUAUGGAGAGGAACAAAAUACAGCUGAGAUGGCCUUAUGAGCAAAAAUUAUAUGUGUUAUCAGGGAUCUUUGUUCAAUUUGUGUGUAAAUGGGGAUAUAAAUUGGAUCCAACAUCUUCUGGACUUAGGGUACAAUGUUUAGAGGGGAGUCUGGAAUACCCUAAAUGUAAACACAGGAACAAGCAAUCUUUAGUUUAACCACAAUAUUGAUGACUUGUCCACUAAGCCAAGUUUUUUAUUUAUUUGUUUUUAUUGAGGAUGUCUAAGGGUGUAUAAAAUACAAUCAAUACAUGACAUGAUGACUGAACAGAGUCAAAUAUAAUAUUCUCUGAAAUUCUAAUGUAUAAAGUGAGAUUUAUGCCUUGUUCACAAGAUAAAAGCUGUUGCUUAAUAUCAGUGUUGAAUAUUCCAGUAGAAGUAUGCAAGUUGUUUAUUAAGAAAUUAAAAACAUGAGAUCAGAUCCCCAGCUGGGAUAAAUCAGUGUACCUCCAUUAAUUGGGAGAGGUUAUUUUGGUAAUGGUGUUUUAAAUGGAGAAGGAACAGGGAAUCUUGGAUACUUAAAAUAUAUUUUUGGAUUAAAGUGUCCUCUAAUGACAUUAAGAGAUUUUCCUUGGCACCCAACCCUGUGCCAAGAAUUAUUCACAUGAGUCUCCCUCCUCAUGCUUCAUGACACUUUGACUAAAGCCCCAAGAGCAUUUGUUUGUAAAGUUUGUACAUAACAGGCAAGACUAUAAAGAAUUCUACAAUAAGGAAAUUAACAGUCUGUGGUAGAUAAUAUUACAGCUGGUUGAACAUCAAAAUGUCCCUUCAGUGGGACAUUCUGGAAUUUUGAUUUUAAAAAAAUUCUGUUUCAGAACAAAAAGUGAAUUUCUCACAGAAGGGACGUUUCAAAAAAUUCAGUUGACAAAUAAUUGAAGCAUUUAUUUUGAAAAUUUCAAAAUGAAAUUCCAUGGCAGAGAGCCCAAAUCUGAGGCUCUUGGUUCAGCCACGUCUCUUAGGGCUUCCAGAUUCCCUGCCACAGAGUUGCCACUGACCUAGUUCAGUCACUGAGAACACCUGGGACUUCCUGCCAUGGAGCCAGGAGUCUGGAAGCUCCCAGGGCUACUAUUAGCUUCAAAAAUAUAUAUUUACAAGUAACUUUUUUACUUUCCAUUUUUUUCUAUCUGAUUGGUUCCUUAGGCUGAAUGAAAAUAAGCAUCUAAGGGUAUCUUUAACCAGCAUCUUACGUUCAAUAUCCAUUAACCAGUUAUUUGUAAUAUUCUCAGAUUGUUUCCUGGUUGUUGUUGUUUUUUUGGGGGGGCAUAUUUGCAUGGAUUACAGUUUACAUGUAUCGGUUACACACAUUUAUUUAUGUCUUUGAACAAAGGUACAUUUCUACGACUAAUUUCAAGUAAAGCAGGAUGGGCAACUGGGUUUGGAUAAAAUAAGAUCUGAGCCAAAUCUUCACCCCAAACUCAAAUCAAAGCCAAACCUUUUUUUGAUGCUUAAAACGUAAUCACAUGUGCUUCUGCACUUCCUAUUUUUGCUAAUAUGCUGGUAGAAGUAGUAUUUCCCACCUGGCCAAAAGGAGAAAAUCUCACUAGCAACCUUGAUCUUGUACCAGAAUGUUGGUUUUGUUCAGGAAAACAUUCAGACCUUUUUACUUUUGGGGAAAAAAUUGACUUUUGGGAAAAUAAAGUAAUUUAGUAGACGCAACCACAAUCUAUUUAACAGAAAUAUAUAGAAAUGAUUGUUCCUUUUGGUUAAAGAUUAAACAUGCAUAAUCUUAAUUUUCUUUUUUAAAUGAAAACAUUGUACAAAACAUUUAGCAAUUAAGAUAACCUGAACAUUCCUGUCUUGUAUAUUUUGUGGCUUAUUAACAGCCCCAUCCUGAAAUAAACUGACUGGAAACUUUAGGGUAUGAUGAAAAAUGCAAACAAAGAUGAACCAAGGUCUGCAGAUAACUUGAGCAAUAGUGAGCUAUGUGUGUUUCGCAGUAUGUGAACAAACUAUUUCUGCCUUCCUCUGUAAGCAGUAAAUUGGAAAGUUGACCAGUCCUGUGACUGAUUGAUUUGCCAGAACCAGCUGGGAAUA